AUGAGAUGUCCUCUUCUUCUUCCCUUGCUUCUCUUCGUCACGUCUUUAAUAGCGACGACCCAAAAAUGGAAUCUUCGAGAUAGAGUCGUCGCGGCAAUAAAUUGUGGAGGACCCGAAGCCCUGGGAUCAUAUGGAAUUACAUAUGCUGCAGAUUAUCAUGACGAAGGCCAGGCAUCAGACGUCGGAGUUCAGUAUUCGUUCAACAACGCCGAAAAUGAUGACGUGGAAAUUUAUCAAACGGAAAGAUGGAGCAAAGAAUCAUUUGACUACGAGGUUCCCGUUGGUGACGGUGAAUAUGUCAUCAUUCUGAAGUUCUCCGAAGUCUACUUCCAGAGAGUUCAAGAAAAGGUCUUCAACGUUAGAAUCAACUCGUACACUGCUGUCAAGAAUCUGGAUAUUUACGAAGCUGCCGGUGGUCGUGGAUAUGCUCAUGAUAUUUACAUUCCACUAGUGAUCAAGGACAAAAAAAUCUCGGUGAAUGGCCAUAAGAAAGAUUAUAAGGGAAAAAUUGUCAUCGAAUUCGCGAAAGGUCCACAUGACAAUCCAAAAGUCAACGGAUUCGCUGUGCUGCGAGGAAAAGUUGAAGAUCUCCCACCACCACCAGCUCCACACGUUCCGGAAGAUGAUUUUCCAUCGGACUUUGAUAUUGAAGAGGGAGCUCCCAUUCCAAACGACCUAGAGGAGGAAUUCAAUCCACAAAUCAUCCGAGGUGAUGAGAUGGACGAUGAAGUCUUUAGUGCCACGUCGAAAUCUGAAAAUCCAUUCGAGAAGGAGUCCUCUGAUUGGGUCCUACCGGUUAUCGUAAUGCUCAUUGUUUUCAUUCCAAUCGCCUAUAUUCUUCAUUUGUACACCAUGAACAGACAGAAAGAGAAACGAUCAUAA